GACCCUGCCCUGGCCGCGCGGAGUCCCCGGCGGGAGGCGUGCUGGGGGCGGGCGCCCGCGACCCGGAAGCGGGGACGAACACCGGGCGCCCGGGAGAUGGCGGCGGCGGCGGCUGUGAGCAGCGCCAAGCGGAGCCUGCGGGCCGAGCUGAAGCAGCGUCUGCGGGCGAUCAGCGCCGAGGAGCGGCUGCGCCAGUCCCGCCUCCUGGCCCAGGAGGUGAUGGCCCACAGUCAGUAUCAGAAGUCCAAGAGAAUCUCCAUCUUCCUGAGCAUGCCGGACGAGAUCGAGACAGAGGAGAUCAUCAAGGACAUUUUCCGGCGAGGCAAAACCUGCUUCAUCCCGCGGUACCGGUUCCAGAGCAAUCACAUGGAUAUGGUAAGGUUGGCCUCGCCCGAGGAAAUCUCCGCGCUUCCCAAAACGUCCUGGAACAUUCAUCAGCCCAGAGAAGACGAGGUUCGGGAGGAAGCCUUGUCGACAGGUAUCCGUGGUGCCCCGUGGUGGCCCGUGGCGGCUUCCAGUUCCACAGCAGCCUUGCCGUUCGUGUUCCUGGCAGAAGGGAGCAAGUCUACCAGUAAAAUCCUGCUCUUCUCACUGAUCUAAAUUGGGUCAAGUGGCCAUCCCCCAAAUUGGUCCCUACAGCCCUGCACGUGGAUGAAGCCAGCUCCUGGGCUGCUCACUGGGAGCAGGAAGGAGGGUGCGUGUUUGCUCCUGCUGCGCUGCUCCAACCACUGGUCCUGGUGUCCUGUGGUGACUUCGCAUGGGAGAAACAGGCUCUGCGUUGGAACGUGCGGAAUGGACACUGGACAGUCCCAAGUCUGCACUCGCCUGUACUGUUGUGACCAGCUUCUGCUCAUUUCGGACAUUUCUGAAAUUCUUUUUUUUGUUGUUUAAGAUUUAUUUAUUGUUUUGGUGGGGGCAGUGAGGAGCAGAGAGAGAGAGAGAGAGUCUCAGGCAGACCCCCGCUGAGUGUGGAGCCCGAUGUGGGGCUGGAUCCCACCACCCUGAGAUUGAGUCCUGAGCUGAAACCGAGAGUCAGAUGCUGAAGCCGCUGAGCCCCCCAGACGCCCCCUUUCUGAAAUUCUGUCGAAUAUCACAAGCUGUCUGCUGUCA